AUGAUGCAGAAUCCCGCGCACGAGGACGCCGCGCCCAAUGCGGCCUCCCCAGCGGCAAGCUCGGAGGCCAUCGCGGAGGCACCGACCAAAGCUUCGACCUCACCGGCAAGCAGGAAACUUCCCGCGUGGCUGGAUCAUUUCAACGCGCGGGAUCUCAAGGUUCUAUUUCGCUGUACAGUCGCAGCAUGGGUCGCGUCGUUGUUGAUCUUCAUCAAUCCGGCUCUUCGGACCAUUGGUACAGCUACAUUCUUUGCAACGCUGGUUCUGUUCAUGGUCCCACCAAAUGGAAUUCUCUUCAUUUUUCUUUUGGGGACGUUGACACUUAUCAUCGGCAUGGGCCUCGGCUGGGGCUGGGGUGUGAUAGCCAUGAAAGCCGCCCUCGCCGCACGACCUGCCGCUGCAACUCAGGCGCAAUUGCAGGCCCUGGGCCAAAAAGCCUCCAGUCUGGCCAGUGCGAGUGGUCAGCCCAUCGCGGCCGUCCAAAAACAGUUGAUCUAUGAGGGCGCGAUGCUGGACGCUCGUGUCUCCUCAGUCUACUUCUGCCUAAUCUGCUUUUUCGUUUAUGUCUUGUCUCGCAUUCGCGCCAAGAACCCAAAGUUUACUUUGACGCAAAUAUUUGGAAUCAUCAUCAUGGACAUAUUCAUCACCAUUGGACCACUCCUUCCACGGUUCAAUGGAACCUUGCCAAAGAUUCUGAUUGAGCCAGCAGCUAUCGGUAUCGGGAUUGGUAUGGCCUGCAAUGUUUUGUUUUUCCCAACAUCGACCUCGUAUGUCGUGUUGGAGGGCAUGGAAGCUGUCGUGAGACUGCUCAAAGGUCCCUUGGAUGCCACCGUGAGUAGCUUGAUGAACGCUGAGCACCUGGAAGUGAAAGAUCUUCAUAAGCUCAAAAUGAAAAUCCUGGCGACUUGGAAAAGCAAUGAGCCAGCCAUCGGCUUCUUACAGUUGGACUUUUCUGUCAGUCGAUGGAACGCAGAUGAUAUCAAGAGUCUUAGGGAGCCAAUUCGACGAGCCGCAUUGGCCAGUCUGUCCCAUCUGGAUUACCAUAUCGCACGCCUGGGAGGAGAAGCAAAGCUUGAGAAACUGCGAGAAGUCAUGACAGACUCAGACCUCGACACAGAGGUCAACCCGGCUGAGAAGCCGAAUGAGAAGCCUGAAGGUAAAUCGGAGCGGUGGGCAGCAGGCAGGCGUCAACUACUUGAAAGUCUUAGUCUCGUCAGAGCCUUCACUUUGCCCGAACAUGAAGCUUUAAGGCAAGAUAUGCUUGAAGCGGUUCGACAACCUUGCAGUGAAAUUCUCCCGGUUUUGCAGGAGGCCAUCGUCUCAGUGGCUGACAGUAUUAAUGCGAUCAACUCCUCCCGUUGGUUUCGUAAACCCUCCGAAGCAAAGCUCAAUGAGCUUUUGCAGCGCUGCGAGUCUUCCUUGGCCGCGCUGGGAACUUUACGCGUGUCAUUCGCGGCUGAAGCCACCGAGCGCCUCAUCCAGUCCACCGCGGAGAUUUUUGACGAAUCAGGGAUGUUGAAGGAUAGGCGAGACGACACACUGCACAAAGUUCGCGGCCUUGCCGUUGGAAUGGUGUUUGAAGAACAGAUCCUCGUCAACGCAGAUGCCUGGGAGAAGGUCUUGGGUCAGUUGGUCGCUUUGAUGAAGGAACGGACCAAAGCGCGGCUGUGGCUUCCACGUGGACUGCGUUACGCCGUCAACUGGGUUUUCCGCAAAUCUGCCGUUGCUCCAGUUCUUGCCUCGCAGUCUACAGAUGUGGAUCCGGAUAUGAUUGAAGAACAGUCCAAGGCAGCCCAGGAGAGCCUCAACCUGAGCCGAGGCUUCAAAGUCAAGCGACGCAGCGGACUCGGUCGGAUCGUGCUUGGGACGUACCACUGGCUGAUCAAUGCCGAAGGAAUGUACGCACUGCGAAUGGUGGUGGUCACCGUUGCGUUGGCGAUCCCCGCGGUGAUACCAUCCAGCGCGGGAUUUUAUUACCGCGAAAAGGGCCUGUGGGCGUUGAUUAUGGGCCAGACCACGCUCGUGAUAUACAUGUCCGACUUCACCCUGUCGCUUGCGUCUCGCUUCAUCGGAACCAUAGUUGGAGGUGUCGCAGGCUUGGUCGCUUGGUAUAUUGGAUCGGGUGGUGGUCCUGGUAACCCGUACGGCUUGGCGGCAGUGAUGGCUGUUAUCCUGUUGCUGCUUAUGUGGGGACGGAUUUUCGCACCACCGGCGCUGUUGGCAGCGACAAUAAUGGGUGGUGCAACUUGUAUCCUGAUUAUCGGGUACAGUUACGAUGAUACCCACAUCCCGACAUAUGGCAACCCUGGCUGGGGAUACAACGUCUUCUGGCGAAGACUCUUACUUGUCCUCAUUGGCGCCGGAGCAGCGUUGAUUAUCCAAGUGUUGCCGCGACCCCCAUCUGCAGCACGGCACAUUUGCAAAUCCAUGUCAAAUGUUAUCCGCUCCCUUUCCGACCACUAUGCCCUGCUCCUAUCCUGCUGGGGUCAGCCAGACCGGGAAGAAGGGCUCGUCGCCGAAAAACUUGCACUGAACCUUGCCGAGUCCAUCUCGGCCCUCGACGGCCCUGUCGCACUCCUUCGCCUUGAAUUCUCCGGCUCCCCAUUCGACAGUGAGACGCUGACCCAAAUCAAGAGCAUCUGCUACGAGCUGAACCGGGAUUUGGGCAAACUGCUCCACCUGUCUGCGUCACUUCCGGAGCACUUCCAGACCAUGGUCGCCCAGCGCAUGGGUCUUCUCGAUCACCGAAAUAUUGGAGACGUUAUGGCGGUGCUCGGCGUCGUGGAACAGGCGCUGAAGACGGGUGAUCCCCUGCCGGAAGUGCUUCCGACUCCACUGCUCAACCGGACGUUCGCCUUUUGGCAACUGCAUCAGGCGGAGAUUGAGCUUACUACGGAUUUGAUCCGGGACGAGAAUUAUCGCCGCUUUUGUGUCGCGGUGACGGCGUAUCUCAAGUUCUUGAGUGUCAUUGAUGAUUUGGUGCUUAUCAUGAAGGGAGCAUUGGGCGAGUCGCAUAUCGUGCGUCGCAAGUUGACUGAUGUUUAG